ACCUAGAUCCCGCUGUACUACGCCACAGGAAUCCGUUUAUACCAACGAUGUCUCGUAUCCUGGGCGCUGUCUCGCGUGCUCGACAUGAUGCGAAGGAGAUCAAGGACCGAGCAAAAGAGUUUGCCGAACAGCAGAUGCUGGACGCGAAAUUGGUGGACCUGUCGAUACAGUUCAUUGGCGCAUCCAACUUGCCAAAGAUGGAUAUUGUUGGCUUGGCAGACCCCUACUUUGUUGCCAACCUCGAUGACAAGAUAGCCUUUGUGUCGAAUGUCUUGCAGAACACUCUUUCACCUGUCUGGAACGAAUCCUGGAACGUCAAGAACGUACCAGAGACUGCUGUUCUUUCAGUGGAAGUGUUGGACAAGGAUGAAGGUUCUGUCCACGAUGACUUCAUUGGAGGCUUUACAACCUCAGUGACCCCCGGCGCAAAGGAAGUCGAAAUAGUAUCAACGAUACGCAAAAUUGUACGAGGGACCUUCUGGUUGAAGGUAUCUUCAUCCCCAUCCGAACCCAACCCUCGCCGGCGAUACGUAUUCGACGGACCCAUUCGCUAUACACGUCACUUCUCACCGACAAUCGGGCGACUCACAAACCUCAACGACGAGCGGCUCUACUCAACAUGGAAGAUCCACAUCAAAGGUAUUCCUUUAUUUUUCCGCGACGAGGUACAACACUGGAACACCAAAUACCGCGCCGCGCAAACCAUCUUCGGUAUCGGACCUGCCUCUCUCGCUGUUCGGUCUUCCAUUCGCUCAGGUCAUCGUCUAUUAUACGCACGAUCUACGAGUAACGCUGCUGGUUUACUCGAGACAAGGGAUGACUUUUUAUCUCUUUUACGUGGGAGUAAGAACCCCACAUCAACAUGCCGUAUCAAACCCGCCGUAUACACCUACAUCAUCUCCGCCAAAGACGACACCUUCCGAUUCAGCGAAACAGGCGCAGCGUUCUUCGUCGACUUCGCCUCAAAACACGCCUUACACGCCAACUGCGCGGAGGAGGUCCGAUAUAGCGGUGAGUUCCAUCCGAGACCGGCUGUGCCUGGUGGAUGGAAAGGUUUCAGCGACGACAUGCUCGACGAGAGUGUAGAAUGGGAACUGGUGAUUGAUAACAACUCAGGGACUUACUCGCCCGAUGCGAUGCUCCUUCCGGACUUGAAAGAUCUCCUGGAAUAUAAUUUCCGGGGACUCAAAGUCGUUGCGCUAGACCACCAAGAUCCCCGACUUGAGGAAACUAGAGAAGCGUGUAGGGCUUACGCAAUGCAGUACCGUGGUGUCAGACAACAGGACUUACAGCCUCAUGCUAAUGAAGGCGAGGAGACGUUACAACAUCACGCGUUUGUGAACACUCCUAAGGUUGAACGACCCGAUGAACAACCACCACUUAGCGAGAUGCCCGAUGAACCAGCACUUAGCGAGAAGCUCGAAAACGAAUUUGACAAGUUUAUGCACAAGCCAUGACAAGCUUCACGACACGGCUUGGUUACGACGCUCACGACAACCUUCCUCUUCAUCUACGCAUGUAUUUUCUAACAACCUCUUUCGCUUUCGAACGUUUCCCUAUUUUAUUCUAUUAUUUACAUGGAUUUCAUGGUUUCCAUAAAGGAGCUGUGCAACUACAUCACAAUAAUCGAG